ACGUUGGCAGCGCUGCGUCGGAUGUCAAUAUGAGGGGGAUGUGAGUAAUACACGGGGCACAACACAUCGAGGGAUUGGUUAUACAACGAGGCUCGAGUGAUUUUUUUUCCAAGACUUUAAGUACCCCAAUUUUGAUUUAAUUCGCGCUGAUUGUCGCGUAACGGUGGGAGCGAGAGACGGCGUUCGUGUCGUCUUUUCGCGACUUAGAGCGCGUCACCGGGGACCACGCGGCGAACCUUCGCGAAUUGUUUUGCAUGGGGUGGAGCGUGAUCGGACACGAUUAACGUGUGUAAACACACACACACACGGGAAAAACAUUUGCCUCGAUAUCUCAUAACAAUUAUGGAGACUGUUAAACAUUUGUGGAACGUCAAUCAGUUCGUGACGAAGCUGAAGAAUCCGUUGGUUACAGACUUGCAGAUAUUUUACAUGCAGAAAUGUAAAAAUCUCGGCAACAGCGUGGAGUUGCCACAGCAGAAUUUUGGACCAUCGGUAGCGUGUUCGCAUUGUGGAUCACUUUGGAGUACGGUGGAUCAUCAAGUUCGAUUAUCAAGUGGCAAAAAAAUGUCUAAAUCGGUGAAAAAGAUUGUGCGACACAUGAAUGAAAAUCCAAGUCAAAAGAUCCCAAAAGCUCGCGCAACUUUGGCUCGGAAAUCUGUAAAAAAUGAGAUGAAUAGAUUGGUCAUUAAAUGUUCUGUCUGUUCCAAGAACACUGAAUUGCCGUUCAAGAAGAAAAGCCGCUUAAAGCCAGCUAAGUUGAAUAAUUCACCGACAGAGACACCGCAGAGUAACCGUAAAAGGAAAAAGAAGAAAUCCAAGGACAAAACUGCUGGUUUAAAUAUCUCAGGUUGCACGCCUGUAUCACAAUUGAACAAGAAAGAUAAUAGUAAAACACCUACAGUGUCGCCUGUGAUCACGCCUAAAAUAAUUGCAAGUAACAAGAAAUUAUCUAUUUCCCCUAAAAAGUCCAAGAAAUUGAAUAUAGAGCGAUUGAAACGUAUCAUGGAGAAUAAGACAACAACACCAAAACGAAAGAACUUACACAAUUUUUUAGCCGAGUUGUAUUGAAAACAAAUAUUUUAUGCAAUAUGUAAAUAUUGUAAAUAUUUUUGCA